GUAGGAUAGCCAUCCCUACCGCUGUCGUUAUCCGGAAGACAGCUGAAAAGUAUCGCAGAAUGCGCACGUAGCGGGAGUUGAACCCACCAUGAAUAAUCGCCUCUGUGGCACAGCACCGAACUCAAAGCACUUUCGCAGGACGACAGAUGCCCAUCGUCGACACCUGGAAGUAGAUCAUGACAACCGCAGCUACGACCCCCGCCAUCUCGUUCACCCACAUUGAUCCCAGCGGACCCGUUCCCGCUCCAGCUAUAGGAUGGGAGGAGUACUUUCGUACAACUCCCCCACCUGACUUCCUCGAACCUGCGGGCAAGCGCGUAGAGGAAUUUGUCGCCUUGCACGCCAAGGCUGGGAGAAGAGUUGUGCUGGUGACGUCGGGUGGGACCACUGUUCCCCUUGAGCAAAAUACCGUCCGAUUCAUUGACAACUUUAGUGCCGGGACCCGCGGAGCAACGUCCGCUGAAUACUUUAUCGAGGCCGGCUAUGCUGUGAUUUUUAUGCACAGACAGUUCAGCUUGCAGCCAUAUUCCAGACAUUAUUCGCAUUCACGGAAUUGUUUCUUGGAUUACAUGCAAGAAGACGGUCAUGGCGGAUUGAUUGUCGACAGGAAAUAUAGCGACCACAUGCGGGAGGUGUUAUUGAAGUAUCAACGGGCGAAGCGCGAACACCUUCUCAUCAUGGAAACAUUUGUGACUGUUCAAGACUAUCUCUUUCUUCUUCGCCGCUUCACGACUGCCAUGUCGAUUCUCCGGGAGAAUGCGAUGUAUUACUUGGCUGCCGCAGUCAGCGAUUUCUUCAUUCCGCAAAGUAAAAUGGCUCAGCAUAAAAUCCAGUCGGCCGAAGGCGCAUUGGUGUUGCAGCUGGACCAAGUCCCUAAGAUUAUCUCCCCUCUCGUCGAUACUUGGGCCGCUAAAGGGUUCAUCGUUUCUUUCAAACUUGAGACGGACCCUGAUCUUCUUAUUCAGAAAUCACGGCGCUCGUUGGAGCGGUACAAACACCAACUUGUCAUUGGUAACAUAUUAACUACGAGGAAGAAGGUGGUCACCUUCGUGACCACAAAAGAAGAAACAAAGCUGGAAUUAACGGACGAGGAGCUGAGAAAUGGAGUGGAGAUUGAGGAGAGGAUAAUACCAGAGCUUAUUAGGAGGCACGACAAAUGGAUCAUACAGACGAAAUCCCAAUAGAUUGUAGACUUAAUGGGUCCAUCAUUAUGUCUUUAUUCAUCCCGCGUUAAAAGAACAAACAGUGCCAGGACCACCA